AAUAAUUUGUUAUUGUUCAUAGACAAAGAAUCAGCACCUAAAACUAAUUAAUCAUUUUAUAUUUUUUAUCGAUUGGUUGAACAUUACUCAGCGCUUUUAACUGAUAAACUCCAGCCUGUAAUUCUAAGAAUUUCUUGAAUAACAAAAGAAUUUUUAAGAAUGCGUUUACAAUUGACGUCAAUCUUUCUCGCCUUGCUGGCUCUUAAUGUCCGCGGAGAUGGUAUAUUAUCCGACAAGUUUAUGGAAAUUGUACGGCAAAAGGCUAAAACUUGGACUGUUGGAAGAAAUUUUCAUAAACUGACACCUAUGUCGCACUACCGGCAGUUAAUGGGAGUACAUCCUGAUGCGCAUUACUAUGCUCUGCCCGAUAAAAGGAUCGUUUUACGGGAAGAAGAAUUGGUGGGCUUAGGUAAUAAUAUGAUUCCUGAAGACUUUGAUUCUCGUAAGCAGUGGCCUCAUUGUCCCACUAUAUGGGAAAUACGAGACCAAGGUUCUUGUGGCUCCUGUUGGGCGUUCGGUGCUGUGGAAGCCAUGUCAGAUCGGGUUUGCAUUCACUCGAACGGUACUCUUAAUUUUCAUUUCUCCGCUGACGAUUUAGUGUCUUGCUGUCAUACAUGUGGUUUUGGUUGUAAUGGUGGUUUUCCUGGGGCUGCUUGGGGCUAUUGGGUUCGUAAGGGUAUUGUUAGUGGCGGUCCUUACGGCUCCAGUCAGGGUUGUCGUCCUUAUGAAAUCGCUCCGUGUGAGCAUCAUGUCAAUGGCACUCGUCCACCAUGUGAAAAGGAGUAUGGAAAAACUCCUCGUUGUCAGCAUAAGUGUCAGGCGAGCUAUAAAGUAGAUUAUAAAACCGACAAGCAUUAUGGUUCCCGUGCUUACUCAAUUAGCAAAAAUGUUCAUGAUAUCCAGGAAGAAAUUAUGAGCAACGGCCCUGUCGAGGGUGCUUUCACUGUAUACGAGGAUCUGAUUUUAUAUAAAGACGGUGUUUAUGAACAUGUGCAUGGAAAAGAAUUAGGUGGGCAUGCAAUACGCAUUAUCGGUUGGGGUGUUGAAAAAGACAUCCCAUAUUGGUUAAUUGCUAACUCUUGGAACACAGAUUGGGGAAACAAUGGUUUCUUCAAAAUCCUUCGUGGCAAAGACCACUGCGGCAUUGAAAGUUCUAUUUCAGCGGGCUUGCCAAAAAUUUAAAUAUAUUAAAUACCGUUUCAAAUUUUUUCUUUUAGUUUUAAAGUAUUGAAACUUAAAUAAAAA